AUGAGUUGGUUACGCUGUACAGCUUUUUGCACGUUGUUCAUUAUUUAUGGAGUCAAUCCACAAAAUUUAUUGGACUAUUCAGUUUAUCCCAUCGGCUCUGGAUUCCUUCUGACAAGGCCAAACUCUGAGGCGGAUGAGAAGAAGAUAUUCCUUGCAACUGCGAGCAAUACCGACGGCUAUGAGGUGACUGCACGAAUCGGACCACUAGCUAGACAGGCAUAUUUUUCUGGAAAUAGGGAUCUGUCAGAGGAUCCUAUACAAGUCUUAGUUCAUGUUGUCAACCAAGAAGUUGAAGAGGACACAAAAACAAUGAAUUUUUUGUGUCACGCCAGUUCGCUCCAAAAAAGUUCGAGAGUAACCAUACCCAUCAGGAUAUGUUGCGUUAUUUCUGUGAACACAACUUUUUCACAUGAAUUCACCUCCUGUAUACUGGAAUUAACACAUGUUCAAGGAUCUGUGGUUUGCCAUGCUUCUAUAAAGCUGCCUGCUGUGCUUUGGAAGCAGAAGACAGCGCCGUCAGUCACCGUGUCAUAUACUACCGUGAGAAUAAACCAUGCUGACAACCACAAUCACAAUCAUUCCCAAUGUUCUGCGCAGGUAUCAUUUACGGGUGGGUUCAUAACGCUUCCAGCGGCGAACGUGGUGCGUUCUGUUCCGGAUGCAAUAAGAGAAAUCGGAAGAAGUUUGUUGCUUCAGGUGCCAAGAAGAGAACUACGGAUUAGCGAAGAAUUCGCUGUAUCAGUUAGGCUAAAGAGAGGUGACGACGUGUCAGAUUUUACGCUGAGGUGUGAAGUUCCGGCAAACAGUUAUGUGGACUUCGUCCGAGUAAUCUGGCCCGGCGGACUGAAAACAACCAAGGAGCCCAAUUUAGACUUACCUUUUAACACACCAAUCUCAUCUGCUGUGCAUACUGCUCGCUCGGAUGGCGCAGUUCAGAAUGUUUGGGAUAUAUUUCACCGGAGUAUCAUCAGUCAGAAGCGAAAUAUCACGGAAAUUGUGGCGCGAUUUCGUGAAGAUUUGGCUCGAUCAGAAACGACGUCCAGCUAUAGUCCGGCAUCUGAAGUCUACAAAUUAUUGUUCCGAGUGAUGCGACCUCCCGCUGGCUCUUCAGGACGCGUGGCUCCUCGGAUAUUUUGGAGCCUUGUCAGCUUGAGCAGACGAAAUUCUCCGGACAGAGCAGUUGGAGGCAGCCCGAUUGUGACCCGACUGAAUAUUGAGUCGUCGGAGCUGAAAUAUUUGGCAAUGGUUUUGAAGACUUCUGCCCUUGUGAACGUGGCUGCACUUAGUGGGAGACCAACCACUCAUCCAGUCUGGGUUUAUGGACUGACCCAUGACGGUCAGUUGAUUGAUGUGACUGAUCGGGCCACAUGCCACACCGGUGAUGAUGCGGUGAUUCAUUUUGCAAAUGAUAGCUGUUCCAAGCUUGGGUUCUCCGGUGCAGAACUCGAUGGAUCUCCAGGAUUGCCACUGGUUGCCAAGUUGGACGGAAGAAGUGCGACUACCACGCUACUUGUCUGGUUCCCCAAACCGCCAGCACUACGCUUGGUCAUUGGUCCAGAUACGGUUGAGAAUUCGCCACCAAAUAUGGGACUUGAAAAAAUGACACCUAUCCGUCUGAAACGCUUGGCGACUGAAAUAGCCUCAUCUCACUCAGCAAUGGAUUACGGGCGCAGCUGGAAUGCCGCACAACACCAACAACAGUUACUGCACAGUCCCGCGAACCGUACUUCUGAAACCUUUUUUCAACAUCUGCCGAUCCGCGUGUUGGCAAGGUUCAUUCUUGCUGGCUCCGUACUUUACGACAAGGACGUAUUGGGGGGAAAAAUUGAUCAAUAUGUCGACGUUACCGAGUAUACGGCACACAGACUGCGACUUGUUCACAAUUCAUCGGAAGAUAAUAGCACUUCUACUGCAUCGGCAGAACUCGUGAUGAUUUACAGAAACGAUCAACUCCAGGCUGCUGAACCAAAAUCCUCAAUGGAGUUGAUGAAUGGGCAACCAAACUUGCGAGAUCCCUUACCAGGACCAUCACACGUAUGGUUGCUUGGAAAGCAUCCCGGCCUGAUACACCUCCGUUUGGAAACACUUGAUGCUACAGUGUUGCGGGCGGCGAUUCCUCCGGGUCUAGAGAAACAGCUUAAGGAUCAACAGCAGAAGACGUCCGCAAAUGCAUCUGAUCUUGAAAACCUUCUGAGGAGCUCUAAAUCGACUGUUCAAAUGGCAGUGGAGAUAACCGAGGAAACUAGCGUGUGGCCGGUAGGCAUGUCAGCCCAGUUCGUAACAGACGUGCGAGUCAAAAUGAGACAAAGCUUUGAUCCUGGUCUUCCCUGGGACGCGCAUCAAACCAGCUUGUUCCGUGGUCAUUCGAACCUUCAAACUAAUGAGGAAAUUCUUCCUUUAACUUCUGGUCUGUAUGGUAUCCAACUGGACCUAGUUGGUGGUCGCAUGAUGCACAGUGGUACAAUCCACAAAUCAUUUGGCCAUGAAACAAACUUGGACGGAUCGGAUCAACUACUCCAUAACCACUUUCGGGGGAGUUCCCGGAGCUAUCUGCUCAAUGGAUCGCGCGCAGACUUUCCACGUCCCAAGUCCUCUGACAGUUCCGGUCUAGUGGUUGUUUGGAUUCAUUUAUCGGAUGGUUCCAUCAUUCUCUGGCAUCGUAUGAUUGAGCUGUACCAAGCGAUGAAUAAGGACAUGCCGUUCAGACUUUCCAUCAAUAAUCUACAUCCGGAGGUUUUCGAGGUGACCGGAUCGUCCAUUGUCCUUGUCGAACGGAAACGGCGGGGAAGAAGUGCAUCUCUCGCAGCUUGGGAUCGACGCCUGCGCAAUCUGAACGAGAAUCGUUUUUCUAGACCAACACCUCGCAUAGCAUACGGGCAGAAAAUGUUGCGUUAUUCAUCACAGAUGCGUUUUCAGUCUGAUUCAACCCAACUGGAUGACUCAUCCCCACCGUCAUUCGCUGACCACCUGAUGUCUGAUGAACACACUGGUGCCACAUGGUCUGGUCCAACCGUUUGGAUACGUCGUGAUGGGCUGUCAUUUACCGGUGACGUUUUAGAAAUGGGACUACUUUCUGCUUCCGGUGAACUUCUGGUACCGAAAAUGAGACUCCCGGCCAAUAUUGUAACCCCUAAACCAGCUAAUGAUGCCCAAGAAUUUGAAAAAAGCCCAGUAACAGGAAGACAGAACAGUCAAUUUCCUUUGAAUUCAGACAGAAUUGACAAAAAUUCUGGUUUCCCAGCCGGAUACUCGCCUGAUCAGAUAACCGAAAAUCAGUUUGACAGCGGAUCUAAAAAGUACACAUCGGGAGGCAAAUCGAUAAACGCCGAACUGGAGGAAACGAAUCAUGGAUUGAUGGCUUUCAAAGAUGCACCCGGUUACCGUGGACAACAGAUGGGUUUAGAUCGUUCCGUAAUGACGGGUGACAAAGGCAUCGUCGAGUCCAACCGCAAAGUACCUUAUGCAGGCCCACUUCAUGAAAAGUCAUUGUCAGAUCAGAAUGAAGAAAGCAAACCAGCCUUGCCAACCAGUCUCGAACGCCAUCAGCACAGCCCUGAUGGGCAACAGGGCACAGGAGAUGGUUCAAGACCAGCACUGGAAAUGAGUAUGUACAUCCUGUUAGGUUUGUUUGCCCUCGUUGGACUUGUAUUCGCCGUGAACUGCGGAGCCGCAGUUGCUCGUUAUCGCUGGGAACGCAGCAGUCGGAGGCGUUCUGCAAAUUCUGGUGAACUGGUGCAGCAGUCUCCAAGUAAAGUCGCUGAUCAACCGCUAGCGACCUCUGAGGGUAUUCCAAAGGAAUUUACCGAAAAUGCUCUGGAAGCAGAAUGCAAGCCAAUCAUUGACAAAGGCAGUACUGAAAAUGUCCUGGAACGAUGCAAGCGUUUUAUAUUACCACGCCGACCGAAACGUAAGCCCCUUCUGCAUCGUGAUAACAACUGGGUAUGGAUCAGUCGAGAAAAAGCCGUUGAUGUGAUUGGCGUUUCAGAUCAGUCAACCUUGUCAGUCUCGUUGGGUAACCCAAUUGUCCCGAACUCUCCAAUUUUAACAAACUCGGCCAAUGAGGUGCUCCAAGUUGCGGGAACAGGCGAACAACGGAAGAUCGCACGAUCCCAGUCUUAUGGGACACGACACGGUACCACUACUGCCGUCCUAUCAGUCGGUGAGGCAGAUAUGCUUCUCCUGCACUCGCCUUAUCACAAAUCUACCUGGCAAGAUAGUCUACGACCCGGAACCGGAAGGGUAGCAAGCUACGUGGAUCGCAGCAUACACAACACCCCAGUGUCAUUUGUCCCGAAAUUUGUGCCACGCUCUCCCUGGGACUCCGAGGAACCUCAAUCAAUGAAGACAUCAGAAGUGCACACACUUGGACGUCCCUUUAGACAUCACACUACUGAGACCCUAAUGCAGAGGAAUUAUCAGGGUCAGGAGUGCAGUAUUCGAAUUAUAUCAAACCCUCUGUCUGACGGAAAUUGUGGAAACCGUUCAGAUCCCUCUAGUCAGAGAAACUCUGAACACGAGCGUUCUUCUUACCACAAUACCUCUGAACGUUGCGGCAAGGAAGUCUGGUUUCAUGCAGCAAACCGAACAUUAAUGGGAAGCGCUAGCGCAUCAAUGCGCCGUCGCCGUACGUAUAAUAUGAAGAACAGCAAUUGGGAUUCAAGUGCCAGCCCUUUGAUAUGUGCUGGUCAGACGACACCCAUUGGAGGAAAUCAGCCUUCAUUAUUCUCAUUUCCGAAUCAGACAGCGCCUUUGAAACAAGGCAACCAUAUGACGGUCGCUUACGGUGACGCAGUCAUGCAUGAAGCCGUGAUGUGUCGCAGUUGGGUACGACCUAGGUCCAUAAAUCACACACCCAACAGGGAUAUCGGAAACAUUAUUCUAAAUGACGUACCAACACAACACACACCUGUGCAGGACUAUUCUUCACCUUGGCACGCGCGUCAUGCACAGCCAGUCAACAAAACCAACGCCUGCGCGUCAAACCAACCUAUUGUCGACCAGAUGGAAGCUAGAACCUCAGUGCCGAUCAAAGAACGAUUUACCGUUUUGGAUCAACUCCGCGAAUCCAGGGAGCUGGGUCAAGUUGGAAAUUCCUUUUCGCCUGUUGAUUACGCACCUUAUCCACCUGUUCGCACAACCAGUAAGGCCACCAACUGCCGCACGUUGGAAACGCGUGGAGGAGCUCGUAAGUCACACUCAGCUCCAGGCCAUCGUCCAAUGAGCCUGCCACAGGCGUUUCAGGUAUCAAAUGACCUCUAUUCCAUCCUGGCUGGAAAUACGACUUCCACCAGUGCUUCAAUUCUGCUUGACUCUCAUUCGCAACUUAACGCGACCGACUCACAGCGUCAUUUGAAGUCGAAUCCGAGUGAGGAGAGUUUGUGGUGGUACCAUCCGGUCCGCCAGCCACGACGUCGUAAACGACGUCAAGACAACAAGCAAUCAGUGACUUCACAGAAGCCAACGGCUUCAGGACCCACAAGCAUGGAAACAGCGGAGGAAACUGUGAGGCCUGUGGACCGUGUAGACAGUUCCGAAACAUUGGAAUACGCAUGUCCGGCGUCAUGCGAAUGCGACGAUGUUAUUAAAUGCUCAGAACGCGUUGAUACUUCUCGUGGGCUCCAACGACAAGUUCAGCCUCCAAGUUUCCCAGGUGGUCAGUCUACUCAAGUCAACAUGUCGUCCGUCUCCGACCUUGCUUGGGAUAAAGAGCUCUUGGCUCUGUCUCAUGAUCGUCUUGUCGCGUAUUUUGCUGACAUGAAGGAAUCAUCCAUAGGUGUGUCACUGACCGGCACAGUGCAGUCAACGACCGCACACCGAAUAACGGCGAGCGGAAUGUUGGCUCAGUA